UCAGCAGCCCAGAAUCAAGAUACUGCUUUUCUUGUCAAUUUGGUCGCUCUUCGAAGACAAAUUCAUAAAUAUUUUAAUUAAAACUCGAGCGAGUGGCAAGUCCAAUGUUGUUCUAAGCUAAGAAGUUUUCAUUGCAGGCUCGGAAAACGGAAACGUUUUCUACAACGUCAUCAGAAACGCAUAACAUUUCGGAAAAAGGGGGAAAACAGGAAGCAAACUUUUUGGCGCAAGUUCAGCGAAAAUUUCGCUGCAAAGAGAAAUUUAACUAAUUCCAUUAUGCAUAAAAGUGUAAAAAAAAAGAAAAAUGUAUAAAACGGCAUUUGGAAAAUGUUAAACAAAAAUGUGAAAACUUUGCCCUCCUUGCUGCGCCGGGCCAAUGGAAUUUUCCUUGGCUCGGACAACGGCAACGUGGAAAUUUGCUGGCAGAACUUGCUUUAAUUCCGCUCGAAAACUGACGUUUUGUUUAUUUAAAAGGCGCACAUAAUUCGGCGAAUAAAUGCCGGGCACUUGAUAGCCAAUAAAGGCUUGAACUUUGCCAAAUUUAAGUGCUAAGUGGAUAUUGAAGCUUAUUUCUGGAGAAAGAGUUUAAAGUUUGAUGGACUGGCUGGAGGCCCAGAAUGUCAGCCACGAAGUGCACAAUGUGACCACGGCGGAUGGCUACCAGCUGCAGUUGCAGCGUCUGCCGCGACUGGGAGCUAAGCCGGUGCUCCUGGUCCAUGGAUUGCUGGGUUCCUCUCUGGGAUGGGUGUGCAUGGGGCCCGAACGGAGUUUGGCCUUCCAGCUGCACCACCGCGAAUACGACGUGUGGCUGGCGAAUCUGCGCGGAGUGUCGCCCUACGGACGGCAGCACAUCGACUUGACCGACGUGAUGGUCGAAUUCUGGCGCUUCAGCUUCCACGAGCAUGGCGCCUACGAUUUGCCAGCCAUAAUUGACCACAUGGCGAAGGUCACAGGCGGCGAGCAACUGGCCAGCAGAGGAGGUCCUGGCCAGGAUGAGGAGCAAAUACACCAUCAGGUGGUACUAAUUGGACACUCCCAGGCCUUUAAUGCGUUCCUGGUGCUUUGUGCGGUGCAUCCACGUUUUAACCAGCGCAUUCAGCUCAUACAGGCACUGGCACCACUGGCUCGACUGCAUCGUCAGGUGAGAUUCGACUCCUUCCAGGUGCGGCGCCUCAUGAAGUUUAUCAAGAAACGCCAGAAGGCAUACAAGUUCGAGAUCUUUCCACCUGGCUACUUUCGAAAAGUAUGCCAAGCCAAACGAGAUCUCUGCGAAUAUUAUGCCAAGCAGUUGGUAGGCAGCGCUCAAAACAACAAAAAGCUGUUAGAAGCCUUUAACUACGAGUAUCUACUGCAAGGCGGUUCUCCGCGGGAAAUCAAACACUUGCAGCAGAUAUGGAAAUCGGGUGAUUUCAUCUCCUAUGACUUUGGGACCGCGGAGAACUUGCAAGUAUAUCACAGCGUGGAGGCCCUCAGUUACAAUAUAAGCCAGAUCACAGUGCCGAUCAUAUUGUAUUUCGGGGAAACGGAUGCUAUUGCCACACCGGAAGGAGUCCAUGCCAUAUAUGCCAGAAUGCUGAGGUCGGUGAAGAGUGUGCGGAGGAUCAACUCCAAGAAGUUCAAUCACUUGGACUUCCUGAUUUCCGGCGAUGUUAAGAGCCUGGUCAACGACAAAUUAAUCGAGCAUAUGGAACAGUUUUUCGAUGGGCGCUUGCCCUACGUAAUUGAAUGACCGCCAAAAUUAUAUAAAAAAGGCCCAUUAUAACAGAAAUAACAGAAAAUAAUUGCCCAGCGAAAUGCUUUAUUUACCUUGGCAGUCGUCCAAAAUGCCAAUUAUGUAAUGCGGUAGCCAAACCAUUAAAAAAAAAUAUACAUAUAUAUAUGUAUAAUUCAAAAAGGCAGCCGCCACAACUGGUCGACACUUUUACUUUCUUUUGAUGGCCAACAAUAAAGUUAUCUGUUACCAGUGUUGGUUGUUGUGGCUUUGGCCAAAAAGGUUUCGGUUAUUAAGCUAUUUCGAUGGUAAAAUGAGAGACGAUAAAUAAUGAUAAUUACCUUGGUGGAAAUGUUUGGACCUACUUUACAACAGUGGGUGUAAACAAAGUACCUUAGGUAUCAAAAUGUUAUCAACAUUUAUCUACUUAUAUCUCUUUGAUUGCUGUUAUUUUUUGGAAAAUAAUCUCAGAU